AGGAAAAAAAUCCGGUGUAAUCUCGCGAUAUUAUUGGAUAUUCUGUGUCACGUGAGGCGGGCUAAACCAUUAUCGGCUUCAUUUCGAUGGAUGCUGCGAACGGUACUUUAUAUUCCAUUAUUUUUACUGUUUAUUUACUCUCCUAUAUGUACAGAUGCCCGAAAUUAAACAGAAAAUUUUACAUGGACGUUUUUUCAGCUGAAUGUGGAUUGACUACGCGGAAACAUCAGCAUGGAAAUGGGGAAGAUAGAGCAAGUUAUUGUUGGAGGUGAAAUAAACUCCUCUGCAGAGAUCAAGUCUGAGCCUGUGGUUGCCCCCAUGCCCGCCCAUCCAAGUGAGAGCCUGCAGUGUUUUCAGUGUUUCAUCACCUUCAGUAAUCAUAAAGCCAAAGAAAGACACGUGAGGAAGGAUCAUCCGCAGCAAUUCACACGAUAUCUGCAGAAGAUUAAUACACUGUUUACUUGCUACAAGUGUAAUAAAAGUUUUCUCACCCCUGAGGAGCUCACCCAGCACCAAAUUACACAUUAUGCUGACAAAAAUCCUUUCAUCUGCUCUGACUGCAAGAAAAGGUUUAGCGGCUUUUCUGAGCUAAAUAAACACAAACGAUUUGAGUGUGGGAAGCGACCAUUUUCCUGCAAGGACUGCGGCGCUUUGUUUCCUAGUGCCUUUCGACUUCGCAACCACCGCACCGCUGUGCAUCCCCUUCUCCCAGGGACUCCUGAAGACAUCAGCACCUUUCUGUGCUGUAAAUGUGGAUGUAAUUUUAAGACUGAACGUGAACUCCUCCAGCAUCAGGAGACAUUUGCUAAUUACCAGAAAUGUGGUAAGAAUCUCCAGGGCAAAAAGCGUGGCCGUAAACCCAAGUGCGUUGCACAGGAGAAGGAGGAGGUCGUUAAAAAAAUCAAGCAAGAAGAGGAAGAACAGGAAUGUGAUGAGUUCUCAGCUGAGCUCAAAAUCCCCUGUUCUAAACCAGACUGUGAUUGCGUAUUUCCCACUGUUGCAGCCCUGCGAGCGCACAAAAAAGAAAAACAUGGCUCUCCAUCUCUCAAAGCUUCCUGCACUGAAGACGGCUCCUCCAAGAGCUUUGCAAAAGAACAUGAUCUAAGAUUUCACCAGUCUCUCCACACGGAGGUUGAGGAUGCUGACGAGAUAAUAUAAAGGGUCAUUUGUCUGUUAUGGUUUCUUAUUCAAAACUCUCCUCAGAACUAAAUGCAACUCCUAACUUUGUAUUGUUAUUUAAAACUACAAAGCCCCUUUUAGCUGUGCAUAUGAUAUAUAAACUACAUGAAAUGUUUUAGGUUGAUUGUAAAUUAGCAGAUAAUCUCUUUUUGAUGUAAGAAUGUUUUAUAUUUCCUUUAAGUGUUUUAUUCUCAACAACAUAUUUAAAUGUAAUCCUCAUACAAAGAAUGAAUUUCUAAACAUAAUAAAAUGUGUUAAACUA